AAAUAAAAAAUAAAAAAUAAAAAAUAAAAGUAACCCCCUGUUUUGUUAGUUAGUUAGAGCGAAAGAAAGAGAAAGUGGGAGACAUAGAAAAAAUGGGUAAGGUAGUGGAGAAGAGCAAGAAGAAGAAGAAAGGCCGACCUUCUCUUUUAGAUCUCCAGAAACGAACCCUCAAAGAACAACAACAGCAGCAGCAGCAGCAGCAAGAACAUCAACAACUCAAGCAAAAUAAAAAUCGAAACCUUUCUAAUUCAAAUUCCAAUAAUUCAGCCGUUCAUUCUUCCCAUAAUUACAAUUCUGCCACUCCUACUCCUCUUCGUCGAUCCACCCGCCGCAACCCUACUCCCUCUUCUCCGGAACACGACGAUGACGACGACGACACCGUUGAAUUGAAUGGGAAGCGCCGAGAGAAGAAGCUUAAGCUCGUCCUUAAGUUGCCUUCAUCCGAAAAAUCGGAGCCUGAUUCGGCUUCGCUUAACUCUAAUGGGUCAGAAUCGAAAGGCGAGGAGGAUAAAGCAAAGGCUUCGUAUCACAAAAGGCGGAAAAUCAAUGCGAUCGGUGGUGGAUCUGGGUUUGGUCUCAGUGAAAAGGGAGGGAAGCCUGUUGCUGGCGCAAACCCCACAAAUAAUGUACAAGAUUCGGGACCCUCAACUCCUGUACCUGAUAAAAAGCUAUUACUGUUCAUCCUUGAUAGGCUUCAAAAGAAGGACACGUAUGGUGUUUUUUCUGAACCAGUAGACCCAAAUGAGCUUCCAGAUUACCAUGAAGUCAUUGAGCAUCCCAUGGAUUUUGGGACUGUCAGGAAGAAGCUUUCUAGUGGGGUUUAUACCAGCUUGGAACAAUUUGAGAAAGAUAUUUUCUUAAUCUGUUCAAAUGCGAUGCAGUAUAAUGCCCCAGAUACCAUAUAUUUUAGACAGGCAAGAUCUAUACAAGAGCUGGCUAAAAAGAAUUUUGAAAAUUUAAGGCAAGAUAGUGAUGAUAAUGAACCAGAACCUAAAAUAGUGAGGAGAGGUAGACCACCAACCAAGAAUUUUAAAAAACCAGUGGGCAGGCCUUCAUUGGAGCAUGCUGCUUCAGCAGUUGCCUUGGAUGGAACUCUUGCAACUGCGGGAGAGAGCAUCAUCUGGUCCAAUAAUGAUCUGAGAAAAGGACCUCAUGUUUUAGACAAGUCUAGCUUGCCAGAUUCAUAUGGACGAUCUCAUGGUUCUCGCAAUGAUGGUCAUUUGUUGACUGACAACAAAUUUGAAAAGAAUGAUGAAGGCUCUAUGUUUAAAGGUAAUUCAAUGAAGCAUAGAAAAAGACAAUUUGUACUUGAUGAGAACAGGCGUAACACAUACAGCCAAUUAUCAGCUGGUGGACGGGAACCAUCUGUGUUGGCUACUUUUGAUGCAGAGAGGAAGCAGCUGAUGGCUGUAGGGCUUCUGUCAGAGCAUGGUUAUGCAAGGAGCUUAGCUCGAUUUGCCGCAAAUAUUGGCACCAUUGCUUGGAAAAUUUCUUUGAAAAAAAUAGAGAGGUCUUUGCCAUCUGGAGUUAUGUUUGGCCCUGGAUGGGUUGGGGAAAAUGACAUCCCACCACAGAGGGCAUUGCUUUUUCCUUCAAACCCUCAAGGCCUGCCAUCACCAUCACGGCUUCGCAGACUUCCCAAAGAUUCAUGUGCUGUUGUCGCAUCUUGCAGUGUUGAAUUGAGAGAAAAACUGUCAGAAAAACCUGAAAAUAAUGCGAGCAAGAAUGAUAUACCUCAAAUUCACUCUGCCGCAGAGGCACCACAAUUAACCAAUGAUCUUUCUCUAUCUGCCUCAACAUCUGCACCCCAUGCGGCUGCUAGUAAAUCUGAACCUUGCAUGGAAAGAGAAGCAGCAGUUGAGGGAUUUAACUCUCAUGGGGGUUUUAACAUCCUCAACAGCAACACAAGUAUGACCAGGCCAAGGCCUCCCUUUCAGAUUCAUCAGAGCCAUCAAGUUCACCCUGGCAUGAAUGGAUUCAAUGGCGCCUACAGGUUUAGUCUUCCAGCCCAGAUGGGAAAACUAGUUGGAGCUGCCAGGCUUGGGACUAACUUUCGGCCAUCCCUGACUGACAGAGUCUCUACUACUAAUACUAACUUUGUCCAUGCAUCAACAGAAAACAGCCUGAACUCAAAAAAUCCAAAGCCUUCAGAGAAUUCCUCUGCAAUAAAUUCCAGUGGCGCACUACCAAAUUCUGGGAACGAGGAAAAGGUGGCCCCAAGAUCUGGACAUGAAUCCCGACCUUCAUGGCAAGGAUCAUCACCACAGCCAAAACCAGAUUCUGGGUUGUCAACGCAACAGAAAUCAGAUUCAAAACCAGAUUCUGGGUUGUCAACGCAACAGAAAUCAGAUUCAGUCCCACCUGACCUGAAUGUCAGAUUUCAGUUUCCAGGUUCUCCUAGUUCUAGCCAUGUUGAUUCAGCACAGCCAGAUUUAGCAUUGCAGCUCUAAGAAAUGAGUUAAUUAUUUUUUUUUUUUUCCAUCAUCUCUUUGAUUUAAGUUGACCACAGAAUGGUGGGUUCACCAUUUGUGCUCCUGGGGAUGAGACCAAGAUAUGGUCUCUUAGAGGAGGAGCCACCCGAGCCUUACCUAAUUGUAUUGUACAACCGUAGGAUGUUUCUGUACAGAUUAAUGUGUCCUAAUUUUUAGGUUCACAAAAAGAAAGAAGGUUUCAUUUGUAACAUUGGAAACCAAUCAAACCCAAGAUGUUGAUGUAGCAAGAAUUUGAUUCUAAACAUUAGAUAUUAGAAGUUUAUUAUAA